AUGUCCGCUCCCGCCGAGUCCCCCUUCUGCGGCACCUGCCAGCGCAACCAGACUUUGGUCCAGAACCUGAUCGCCGAAUACCUCCCAGACGAAGAUGACCCGGAGUAUGCGAGAUACGAGGCGCACUUUGACGGAUACCGCGCCGAGCUCGAAGGACGGUAUCCCCAGGUCUGUAAGGACUGCGAAGAACGAGUCAACGACCAGAUCCGACGAGCAGGCUAUGUCGCAAAGGCUGACCACCUGCGGCGCGUUAUGGAGAGGAGCGAGAAAAAGCGACGGACUCCACAGACCUCACGCCAGGCGUGGACGCUGAGACUCAUUGCGCUGGCCAAGUGGACCUACAUCCUGAGCUUCUUUGUUCAACUACUGUGGCAUAUCUCGGGUUCCAUCAUGGCAGUGGAUCCGCAAUCACUGGAUGGUGAUCGCAUCAUCUAUCCAGACAGCGUCAGCUUGGAUGUGUGCGUGUGCCAGGCCAUCUCUGUUCGCCAAGUGGACGAUGCCUGUGUCUUUGCGCAAUCAGUCACGCAGGUGGUCGUGUACGCAAUUGUUGCAGAUGUGCUCACGCUAUGGUGGAACCCCAGACUGAAGGACAAGACCAACAGCAUCACGGGACGAAUGCGCGGUCUGAGGUCUUUGUGGGCCAUCCGUGCUGCCGUGGUUGUCAUGCGCUCCGGCAGUCUCUACUACUGGCAACAGGCUACCAUUGACCGCGAGAACAUUGCCACCUUCCACCAUAUGCACUGGUACAUGCUGGCCGUCAUGUCUCUCUCCUUCAUCCUCACAUUCAAGACUGUCCGCAUAAGCUACCAAUCUCCCACCUCCUUCCGCAACUCAGUCAACGAGCAGGCCUCAAGCACUACCAACAGCCCCGGACCCGCCCCACGCAGCACCUACAAGCCCGCACACCCGCAAGCCAGCGCCUUCGACACCAUGGCCCAAGGCUUCACAACCAGCUUCAACGACUUCAACGACGCCCUCGACGCCCCCGCCUAUCCUCCCUCUCCCACCCUCACAAACUCCUCCUUCACAACCCACGCAACUGAAGCCACCACCCCCUUCAAAAGCGUCCGCGGCGACGACGACAUGGACUGGACCCCCACCCAGCGCCGCUUCGCCCCCGUCCAACCCGCCAUCAUCCCCUCUCCCUGGUCCAAACAACAACCCUCCCCCCCUCCCCAACCCGCCUCGCACUCCCCACACUCCCUCUUCAGUAAACCCGACACAAACCCCUUCCGGCACAAAGUCCCCGCCGCCCCCAAGGCACCCGCGCAGGCCAAAGCGGAUCCCUGGAAGCGCUCCGUCUGGGAUCCGCCGCUGAAGGAAACGACGCCGAAUUUCUUCGCAGAGGACCAGAAGGCGCGUGGCGAGGUGGGCGAGACGAAAGGGUUGGAUGGUUUCGGUGUGCCGCGGAACGUCAAGAGGGAUGCGGAGCUUUUUGCGAGUCCCAAGUUCAAGUAUGAUUAUUACGGGACGAUGAAGGAUACGGGGCUCGAGGAUCGAUUCGAGGAGACGUUUAACGAUUUCUUUACAAAAUGA